AUGUCUCUUCUUGCGAAUGCCACUCAGGCAGCCCCAGAAACCUACUUCGGCAUUUACAACGAACUUUCAAAGUACAAUGUACACCUGAACAUCUUCGAACGUCUUUGGGCAAGUUGGUACUCGUACAUGCAAAACGAUGUCCUCGCGACGGGAAUCAUGAGCUUCGUCAUGCACGAGGCUGUUUACUUUGGCCGAAGUCUGCCGUGGAUCAUCAUCGACCGGAUAUCAUACUUCAACAGGUGGAAGCUUCAAGGGGCGAAGAUCCCCACCGUCAAGGAACAAUGGACCUGCACAAAACUCGUUCUCCUCAGUCACUUCUCUGUCGAACUACCUCAAAUAUGGCUGUUCCACCCCAUGGCUGUGUCGUGCGGCAUGGAGUAUGGCGUCCCCUUCCCUAGCUGGCAGACAACAUGUUUCCAGAUCGCCGUCUUUUUCGUCCUGGAGGAUACAUGGCACUACUGGAUGCAUCGUCUCUUUCACCGCGGCUUCUUCUACAAGAACAUCCACAAGAUCCAUCACCAAUACUCUGCGCCUUUUGGACUCGCUGCUGAAUAUGCCUCUCCCAUCGAGACCAUGGUUCUUGGCGCCGGAACUGUUUUGGUGCCCAUCGUUUGGUGUCUGGUCAUGGGUAACUUCCACAUCCUUACCAUGUACCUCUGGAUCACUUGUCGUCUCUUCCAAGCCAUCGAUGCGCACAGCGGAUACGAUUUCCCAUGGUCUUUACACCACUUUCUUCCUUUCUGGGCCGGAGCCGAGCACCACGAUGUCCACCACGAGCAAUUUAUUGGGAACUACGCCAGUAGCUUCAGAUGGUGGGACUAUUUUAUGGACACCGAGUCCGGACCAGAGGCUGCUAAGAAACGACGCGAGCGCAGGUUGGCGAAGGAUGCCAAGAAGCUGCAGUAG